AUGACCCUACACAACAACACCGCCAAACACCGGGCCCCCAUCCACCACGGCAAUUGCUUGCCUGCGCCCAAACCCCGACCCACCAGGAACCAUGCAAGCCCUGAUGGGCGUGCGACUCGGGAUUCCCGCCCGACCAGAUCUGCUUUGUCCUUGAGCGCAUGGCCAUCCCUCCUCAUGGAAUACUGUUCAUCGGCGGAAAUCAUCAAUCUUCUCAACUCACGACUCAAGAACCAGCUCGCCAAUUCGGAGAUCCUCAAGGCAUCCAGCACUACUGUCGCCGCAGUCUUUGCACUCGAAGCCGCCGCUGGGUUCAUGCCGUCCUGUUGCCCUCGAUGCCUGAGAUCACUUUGGGCGGGUUCAGGAGAUUAUUGCUUGCUAGAUCCAGGCCAUGCACGGUCAUGA